AUGAUUGCACAAAUAUUGACCCUGCUGCAGCUUUGUAUCACCCUGACAAGCGCACAAAUAGUUAAUAGAGUAUUUUUAGACAACGGUGGACCUCUAUUCGAGUACGCAAUAAACACUACGCAUAUAGUAGCUACCGCAACUCUGUUUCAGAAUGCUGGUUGGUUUGGCGUUGGGUUUGGGCCAGGCGUAAUGCCUGAAUCUACAGUCGUUAUCGGCCAACAGGCAAACGGUAAUGAAGCAAUACAAUGGGAUCUUGACGGGCGCUCAGCUGAUACCGUGGUUCAAUCCGCAAGCAAUGAAGUCAUUGAUGGCUCAUUCGUGGUCAAUGACGGAAACGUCGUACUGAGCUUCACACUUCCGCUACAGUACGGAAAUCAGAUACUGGCACCUGACGCCAACAAUAUUCUAGUUUGGGCCUGGGGCACGAGCGAGAGCCUCGCUUACCACGGCGCUAAUCGAGCAGGUCAGCAGAUUAUGUUGUCGACUGCACAGGUCGCAGAUGUUGGAAUAACCCCUACUAAUCGGAUUUUUCUUGAUAACGAUGGCCCUCUAUUUGAGUAUUCCAUUAACUCCACACACUUGGUGGCUACAGCCACUCUAUCUCAAAAUGCUGGUUGGUUCGGUGUUGGAUUUGGGCCAGGCACAAUGCCUGGGUCCACUGUAAUUAUCGGCCAACAAGCAAACGGCAACGAGGCUGUGCUCUGGGACCUGAAUGGGCGCUCAGCCGAUACCGUGGUACAAUCCACAAAUAACGAAGUAAUUGAUGGUUCGUUUAUGGUUGAUAUUGGGUCGUCCAUACUCAGCUUUACUCUUCCUUUAGAAUACGGAGCACAGACUCUCACACCCGACACCAGUAUUAUUCUUGUGUGGGCUUGGGGUACGAGCGAUACGCUGAAUUAUCACGGUACUAACAGAGCCGGCCAAGCAAUAGUAUUAUCGAGUAUUCAGGUAGCAGAAAUCGGUGCUCCAACCCCUGUGAAUCGAAUCUUUCUUGAUAACAACGGACCACUCUUCGAGUACACGAUAAACAACACACACCUCAAAGGUACAGCAACACUACAACAGGAUGCUGGCUGGCUAGCUCUAGGUUUGGGACCUGGCACGAUGGCCGGGUCUACUGCGGUAAUUGGCCAGAGAUCGAGUGGUGGGACAGCAGUUAUGUAUGAUCUAAACGGAUACACACCGGCGACCGUCUCGCAAUCGGCAGAAAAUACGGUCACUGAUGGUAGCUUUACCAGCAUUGGAGGCACUGCCGUCUUGCGAUUCACAAUUCCACUCGAGUUCGGUAACAACACGGUGGUGCAAGAGGAUAACAAUAUACUCGUUUGGGCGUGGGGUGCAAUUGAUAAUCUGGCUUACCACGGAACAAAUCGAGCAGGUCAGCAAGUAUUGCUAUCCAGUGCUCAGGCCGCCGAUGUCGGUCAGAAUCCAGAUGACCCCAUGGCGAUCGGUAAUCCUGAAUGUGCUAGCUCAGAUCCUAACUUUGAUUUUGAGGUUUCACUAAGUGAUGCGAUUACAUUUAGUUGGUUCGUCGACAGUAUGGCUCAGACUCUAGUGGCCAGGGCAUCCAUUAGUGACACAGUCGGAUGGUUUAGCAUCGGUUUUGGUCAAUCUCCAGGGCUUAUGGUGGUCAGCAAUGCGGUAAUUGGACAAAUCAGUGACCAGAGUGUGGUUACGUAUGACCUGACGGACCGUGAUUCAAGUGGCAUCACACCACAAGCAGUCAAUAUGGCCUCGAACAUGUCUAUCACACAGACCAACGGCGCUACUAUCCUCACGUUCACUGUUUUGAGUAGUUUUGCCCUGGGGUUGGAUCAAAGCGAUGACACGAACAUCAUUUGGGCAUGGGGAGAGAACGACCUGGGCUACCACGGUACGAACAGAGGGUCGGCUGCCCUUAACCUGGUCACGUGUAAUGGUUUGAACAACACAUUCACUCGCAAUAUAGCUGCACAAUAUGCACACGGCAUUCUUAUGGCCUUGGCAUGGAUGUUGCUUGUACCAGCAGCUAUUCUUUCCUCCAUAUGGCGUUCCAAAUUUGAUGGGACUAAAUGGCUUAUGAUACAUAUUUGCUUUAACUCUUUCGGACUAAUCCUCGCGACAGUUGGAUUCGGUCUAGCUUUCCUACUGGUUGCGCCUGGGAACCAUAUAUCAGCAAGCCACCAUAUUAUUGGACUGGUGGUCAUGAUCUUCAUGUGGUUACAACCACUCAACGCUGCUAUCCGUCCACACCCCCCUAGUAUAGGCCACAGCAGAUCCGCCUUCCGUUGGGUCUGGGAGAUUGUUCACAAAUUGUUCGGUGCUUCAAUUCUAUUAGUCGCGUUUUACAACAUUUGGCUAGGCCUUGAAAUCACGAACGCCGCCAAUGUUCUGGUUGUGGAAAACUACACCUGGGCAGGGGUGCUGGCAUUGAUAUUCUUGAUAACAAUAGUGUAUUUUAAGUAUAUUCACGCCGAUAACGGAGAUGAAGCUAAAGCUAAAUGGAUGGAGUCGCAAGAUUUUAAUGAUCCAUCUAUGAAGUUAAAAGAAGCAGAGAAGAUGCAAACAUCAACUGUUCAACACCGACCAUAA